AUGAACGGCUCGGGCUUCGACAUGAGGCUCGGCAUCGAGAGCGCUCUCCGGCGCGCGCUUCCGUACGGGGGGCUUCCCAGCAACGACUCGCCGCAGACGGCCUUCUUCGACGCGGCCACCGAGGGCGACCUCCGCCGCCUCAGGGAGUUGGCGAGCGGCAAGGACGCGAAGGAGAAGGCGUGGCUUGCCGAUGUGUCGAUCCAAGGCCUGGGGCCGUUUCAGGCCGCCGCGCGCCUGGGAAGAGUGGAUGUGUGCAGGUGCAUGGUGGAGGAGCUCGGCUUUGACAUCAAUGCCGGAAGCAAAAUUGGUGUAACUGCUUUGUCUGCUGCUGCAUUGGAUGGAAAAAUGGAUGCUGUGAGGUACCUUCUCGACCAUGGGGCUGAUCCAAAUAAAAAAGAUGACGCAGGCUCAGUUCCUCUUCACUGUGCUGCAAAAUUUGGGCAUGACGAAGCAGCAAGCCUGUUGCUAUCUAGAGGAGCUAGUGUUGAUAUAGCUUAUUUUCAUGGGACACCACUACAUAUUGCUGCUGCCUAUGGGAAGACCGGUGUCAUCAAAGUCUUGUUGGAGCAUCAUGCAGAUCCAAACAAAGUUUCAGAAGUUUUAGGUACACCACUGGUUGCAACUCUACAUGCUACUUCUGAAGGAUUACCUGAAUCCAUUUCACUGAAGUGUGCGAAGCUUCUUGUUGAGGCAGGUGCUGAUAUAAAUUUUACUAAUCCCGACACUCCGCUGGUGGUGGCAACUACCCAUGGCUUAACUGACUGCAUUAAGUACUUGCUAAAGGCUGGUGCAGACCCUAAUAUCCCAAAUAGCCAUUGUGGUGCCAUGCCAAUACAAAUCGCAGCAAGCUGUGGAAGAAGAAAGCAUGUGGAACUACUAUUUCCUUUAACUUCUCCAAUUCGAGCAAUAUCAAACUGGACCGUGGAAGGGAUUCUUGCUCACGCCAAAUCAAAGUGUUGCCAGCCCAGGGAUGAGCAAGAUGACACCAAUACUAAAGCCCAGCUGAAAUUAUGUGGUGAGAAAGCUGUUAAGAGAAAGGACUAUCGUGCAGCGUCAAUGUUCUACACCGAGGCAAUCGAGCUGGACCCUAAUGAUGCAACACUGUAUUCAAACAGGAGCUUUUGCCAUAUGCAAAUGACUGAAGCACAUAAGGCUUUGUUUGAUGCUAAUACAUGCAUUGAAUUGCACCCUGGUUGGCUAAAAGGCUACUACAGGAAAGGAGUUGCUCUCAUGUUUCUGAAGGAGUACAAAGAAGCAUGCGAUGUUUUCAUGGCUGGACUGAAGCUGGACCCUGGAAAUGCCGAUAUGGAGAAAGCAUUACGGGAGGCAGUUGAGGCAAUGAAAAAGGAUCACUUUGCUAGGAAAAGCUUCAAGCCAUCUGGUUAGAGGAAAACGGCCGCUCUCUGGAUUGAACUGGCCGUUUUGGAUGCCAUAGUAGUUCCGUACUGCAAGUGUUAGGGUUAGAGUUCUCAAUGCCUUAUGACUCUAGUUUGCCUUAUGACUCUAGUUUGUCAAUGGCAUUGGUUAGCCUUAUGACUGUGGUUUUGUCAGAUGCCAACACUUACAAGUUUGAACACAGGGUUUC